AUGCUUGCCGUUAGCAAUGAGGCAGACCCACCUAUUAUUAUCAUCCAGAAAAUGGAAAGUUCAAAGUGUUAUGCUUUUGGUGGACGAUCUGUUGUUCGGUAUGGGGACAUAGAGGAUUUUAGGCCCUUCCUGGAUCUACCCAGCACUUGGUUCCUAGUCGACAGCUCACCAACACCAGAGCUCUUGGAUGCCAGGACUAUCUUUUCAGUGUCACCAAAAACUUUUUAUUCUGACAAGAAUCUGUAUAAAGAAAUUGAGAAGAGAGUCCCAUGGAGAUACUACAUGGCUCCGUGGGAGCUAGAUGAGUUAAAAGAAUGCAGAAGCAAGGUUGAAGCCUUUCAAAUGGUCUCUGAGGAUUUUAUGGAACGCCUGUAUGAUUUGAUUGGUGGAGUGCCAAGGUAUGUCCUCGAGUUGCCGCAGAAAGGACUGCGCAGAUACCCCGCAGAGGAUCGUUGUAAAGAAGAAGUGAGAGCAAAAAUAGAAAUGAGUGCACUUGAUCGCAUUCAGCAAGCCCUUAACAACAUCAAGGAUCCAAUGAAGAUACUUCAACACUUUGAACAGGCUAAGGAUUCACUAUGUUACAGCAGCCGUCUUCUUUACCGUUAUCCGACAGAAGAUCAUGAAAGAUUUAAAUUAGUAUGGGCUUCAAAUUAUAUCAUGGAAAAGGUGUAUGAUACAGCGGACAACAAUACUUGGGAUGAAAUAUUGAAUCGGCUCGCCAAUGGUAGAGUUGGUGAAGAUAGAGGAGCAAUGUUCGAGCUUUAUAUGUGGCACAUGCUACGGAUAGGCAACCGUUGCUUUCAGGCCAGGAACCUUGAUGACAGUACUGAAAUAACCAUCGAUAUCAAAGGUAGCCCGAAGGUUAAAUGGUUCAAUACUCUUGAAUAUCAUGAGGACAAGAUGCAAGGAUCGUUAUGGAUCCCAAAUAGCAAAGCAUUUGGCUGUGUGGAUAUGUUGCUUGCUCCGAACUAUCUCAUUCAAGUUACGACGAACAAGGAUCAUGGCAUCAAAAGCGAAUCCCUCAAAGCGCUUUUGAAAAGUAUGCGAGAAAAAAAGUGGAUUCGCUCCUCUAAGGAGGUUGCAAUUAUUUUUGUUGUUCCGCAAGACCAGACUAAGGAAUUCAAGAAACAAAAUUUCAAGACUGAAACAGAUGGUGUGGAUCCCAAACCUACAAAGGAACUUCUAGAUGUCAAGCAAUAUAUUAUGGGGAUUGAUCUGCAAGAAGGACUUAAGGAAGCAUUAGGACGCAUAAGAACAAGAAGAGCAAGAAGAACAAGAACAGAGUGGUGAAUGGACAUACGAAUUAAGGUCAUUAUAUAGAUGUACAUUCUUAAUAAAGUGAAGGUGCGAACCUAUUUCUAUUGAAAGAUAGCUUUAGAAAGAAUGCAGGGUGUUAGAGUCCUCGUCAGAGAGUCAG